GUCGGCCUGCGGCGGGCGCUGCUGGCUGCGCGGCGGGCGGCGGCCCGGGGAGCCGGUGGCGGGAACUGCGCUGCCAUGUCUUCACAGUCUCACUGGUUGACGACAGAGGAGAGGAACCAAGUUUUACCUGAUCUUAAAGCUUCAGGCUGGUCUGAAUUAGGCGAAAGAGAUGCCAUCUACAAAGAGUUCAAUUUCAAAAAUUUUAAUCAGGCUUUCGGAUUUAUGACGCGCGUUGCUCUACAAGCAGAGAAGAUGAAUCACCACCCGGAAUGGUUUAACGUCUACAGCAAGGUUCAGAUAACUCUGAUUUCCCAUGACUGCGGUGGACUGACCAAGAGAGAUGUGAAGCUGGCUCAGUUUAUUGACAAAGCUGCUGCCUCAGUGUAACUGGGAUGUAAAAUGCUUUAAUACAGUGUCCACCAAUAUUUUGUAUUUAAAUGGUAUCCCUCUUUCCUUGUAAUCCUGUUUUCACAAAACCCCUGAAACAAGAUACUUUGUAAAAAGAGUGGUUUAGCUUUGUUGGCCUUUAUGACCUUAAUCUUGAGACCCCUCUGGAUGCCUGUGCUUGUCCUUUGCCAUCGCUGUCUCUGUGUGAGGAUGUAGCAGAUAAACCAAGUAAGUUUUCAGCAGUCUUUUUCUAGAAACUAAACCAAGCUGAAAUGAAAACAGGAGUCCACCUGCACGUGUCUGUGUUCCUCGAGCCCGUGGGAGCUGAGGAUGGUGGCAGCUGCCGUGGGACGCUGCACCGUUCUUGCCACUUCCCUCCUGUAAUUUGUACAUCUCUGCACUUUGAACAAUGUCAGAGCAGCCCAGCCGUGUCAGUCCCCUCUGGUGUGGUACCUCCAUCUCUGCCAGUGACCAGUCCAAGGGAUGCUGGUGAGAGCCGUGCACGCUGCUGCUGCUGCUUCUGUGGAGUUGCAGCUCAGCUAGCAGUUGUAGCUUUGCAUUUCGGUGUUUUUUCUGUCCUUGUCUGACAGCUCUUUCAAUCCAUCUGCCCUUUUGGCACCCGCAACCCAGCAGCUAUAUCCAACAAAAGCGUUACUGCAUGCUUGAGAACUGUUCCCCGUCUGAGGUGCAGGACUGUGUCCUGCAGUUGCUGAAAAUUUUAGCUCUGGUCCAGCAAAUACAAAAAAAAAAAAAUCCCAGCGAGCUCCCAGCACUCAUAUCAUUAAAUGAAGCAUGCGCUUAAGUGCUUGGCUGGGCCGGGUCGGUCCUCAGCAUCUUGCAGGAUUGAGCUGUUAUUUGGGUUGUGAUGCUCCCAUACCUGCCGGAUCGGGGGGCAGCUUGGCUGGGGGCCCAGAGCACCGGCCAGAGCUGCCGGCGGUGAAGGAAGCGGCAUUAGCAAGAUUCUUGCUAAGCUGGGCUCAGCUGAAGCUAUGCUCACCCUUUUUUUUUUUUUUUUUUUUUUCUUGUAGCUACAAUUACUCAUUGCAAACAUUGUUCCAAGAGCUGGAGAUCCCACUGACGAGGUUUAAAAUAAUUUCUUCUGUGGUUUCAAAGUCUUUGUUUUUAUCCUGUGAUCCUCACCGAGACAGAUUUCCACUGCCGGCAGGGAGAUUUCAACCUGCUUAAGGCUCUUGCAGAAGGGCCUCUCGCUCUGCAAUCCUGCUGCUGAGUGUCCCCAGCGUGCACCGUCAUGCCCUGCGAGCAGCUCUGGGUGCGGAGCUCCCGGGAGAUUGACACCUCCGAAAUGCCUGAGUGCAUUGCUCGAAUGACACCGGCGGCACAGCUACCAGCUACCGAGAUGUGAGAUACUCGAGUGCCAAAAUCUAUAUCAGCUGUAUAAGCGAGGUGUGUGGUCUCUCAGAUAUUUGGGAUGCAAAAUGCCACUAGCUGCCAUGCAAGUAUUCAUGUCAAUAAAAUGAGAAAGGUAUUUUUUGUUAAUCCUUAGCGAGUGCGCUGUCAUGCACUAAUUGAUCGCAGGAAACAAGAUAAGAUGUUGGGGUUUAUUGUUGGUAACCAUACUUGGGAUAUCAAGUUAAUACCUAAAAAGACCCAAAUUCAGACUACGUGCUCAAAUGUUCUUUGCUUCCAAGUGCCUCUCCCCAGUGAAGCGGCGGAUUUCCCUGAAAUGGUUUGAAAAUGGUCACUGCUGUGAGGAAUUAAUAAAGCUAAAACAACCAACCAGGCUGUGGUGGCUCCUGUUACUGGUGGCGAAGUGAAACAAGCUUCACCCAAAGUUUUGACAACAUCUCUAAUGAACUGUGAAAACUCUGUUGUUAGAAAUUGAUAUAUAACGCAUGCAGUUUGAAUAAAACCAAUAAAAUCAAA